AUGGCGGUGACUAGUCCAGCUACACGUAUUGCACCGCCGCUGAACCGGCCUUUUCUCAGCCGAUCGACACUCCGUCCGCUUCAUUGCGCCUCUAGGAAAUUCCUCUUCCUCGGAAAUCCCACUCUGAGCUCGGCGAUCGUCGCCGUCCGGUGCCAGAAACCUGUUUCUGACGGGUUUAGCUCCAUGGAAUCCACGAAACAUGUCGCUUCCGCCUCUUCUGUUUCAUCUUCGAUCGAUUUUCUAACGUUGUGCCAUCGACUCAAGACAACAAAGAGGAAAGGGUGGAUUAAUCAGGGGAUCAAUGGACCUGAAUCAAUUGCUGAUCACAUGUACCGUAUGGCUCUAAUGGCACUGAUAGCUGGUGAUCUUGCAGGAGUUAAUAGAGAAAGGUGUAUUAAAAUGGCAAUUGUGCAUGACAUCGCCGAAGCUAUUGUUGGAGAUAUUACCCCAUCUGAUGGUGUGCCUAAGGAAGAAAAGAAUAGGAGAGAGACAGCGGCUUUAAAGGAGAUGUGCAAAGUUCUUGGUGGUGGCCUGAGAGCGGAGGAGAUCACAGAACUUUGGCUGGAGUAUGAGAAUAAUGCUUCGUUAGAGGCAAAUCUUGUAAAAGACUUUGAUAAGGUUGAGAUGAUUCUCCAGGCACUAGAAUAUGAAUCAGAACACGGGAAAGUGCUCGACGAGUUUUUCAUAUCAACAGCAGGCAAGUUUCAAACCGAAAUUGGAAAGAGCUGGGCCGCUGAGAUCAACGCAAGGAGAAAAUGUCAACAGACAAACAGACAGAGAUAG